UGUACAGGGAGCGUAGCGAUGGCGAGUGCGAUAGUGCGGCUGCUAGUGACGGUAGUGAUGAUGGACGUGUGUGCCGUUGGAUGGACGGAAGCGGCUCCACAGGUUAAUCAUUGGCAUGAUGCAACCAAUUCACUGUAUCCGAUAGAUUAUAUGCAGACACUGUGCGAAAGAGAUUGCCCCGGUGAGCCAAGUUUUAUGUGUGACUUUUACGAGUGUGACGAGGACGAGGAGGAGGACGAGAGUGCCAAUGAGGUGGAUAAUGAUUUGCACGAGGAAAGUGAGGAAGAGUAUUACGACGAAGAGGAUGAGAUGGAGGAUCACUAUACGGAUCUGGUGCAUGAAGUUUUCGAUUGUGGGUCGAAUAAGACGCUAACUUGUACAACGGCAAGUACUACACCAAGUACGACCACCGAGAGUACUACAACGGAAAGUUCUACAAGUACUACAACUGAGAGUACUACUACUACUACUACUACUAAAAAACAUAUUUCUAAGAGUACCCACAAGAAACAUCGCAAAAAAUCCACAACCCCUCACGGCAAGACAUCUACGACCACGGAUAUGACUUCUUCUGAUUCGACUACCACUUCGAAGAUGUCAAAAAAAUCCUCGACGACUUCUACCACAGCGAAGCCCACUACAACUACCCCAACAACUGAAUCCUCCAGUACUGCCAGCUCUACAUCUACAUCUGCAUCGUCACAGUCAUCAACGACGGCUUCUACCACCACGGAGCCUACAACAACUACCUCCACAACUGAAUCGUCCAGCACUGUAACUUCCUCAAGCGCAGGCUCUACGACUCCCCAAACUUGUAGUUGCUACAUGUUCUGUGAUGGAAAGAACUGCAUGUGUCGUUUGCGUGGAAGCGUAUCCUCCACCAAACCACCCAAGAAAGCGGCCAGCAACGUUGGACACCGUCACCGUACGGGGAAAGAUGUGUUUGCAAGUAUUUACAAAAAAAUCCAAAGGCUCUCCGAUGGUUCAAACGUGGAGCCGACAAGCUCCCAUCUGCGCCGGGUCGGAACAAAUGAAACAAACCCCACGACAACUGUUGCUCCACCACCUACAACGGUACGUGUGAACGAAAUAGUGUCGCUUCCGGUUGAAUUUGGCAAACGUCGAAAGCUGUCAGCAAGACAGUUGAAUCGGUUACUUAAAUCUGGAGCAUCCCGGGACGAGAUCUAUCGACUGCUGGAGCAGUACAUGGUGCCGAGUAGGGAAGAACCCCAACGGUGCCUCCAAGCGGGAUCUGACGCACCGGAAAUCUGAGUACCGGGAAGAACGUGACUGUGCCAUCAGGCCAUGGUUGCGGAGGUGCAAAAAAUGGACCCUAGCACGGGGGAAUGCUCUGUAAAGGUGUAUUUAACCAGGUCUGUGGACAUCGAGGUGCCAUCGGAAGGGGGGUUUUGAUGAACGUCGCAUACAUUUCCGGCUAGUGGAAGUGUUUGUGGCAGCUUAGUGAAGGUUAUUGCUUAGUUAUAGAAAAGAAAUGACUGAUGUUGCGUAGAACGAAAUGACUGAUGUUAAGCGUUGUAAUAAAGAUAAAAUAAAGCUAUCUAAUUUUGCUCACUCUAUGUGCCACUUUUGAAAUUAGUAUCCAAGCCGUCUCGUUUGAAAUCAAAGA